GACCCCAUCGUCAGUGAGAGAGGGGGUGGGGCAGCCACGACCUAUAGCUUCCAAGCCAUGAGAGGUGACCCCGAGCUGCGGCAAGCAAUGGAGCUGGAGUCCCCGGGCCGCCAGCCAACCACCAACGGCCAAGCUACCUCCGCAACCUUCCACGCUGUACGGGGGGACACCGUCCUCAUCACCGUCGCCGUCGACAACCCUCUCCUCGCCAGGAGCGUCGCCAUCCAAUGGCACGGCACCCGCGAGACCGGCACGCCGGCGGCCCACAGCAUCGAGGGCCACACCUUGACGUACAAUUUCGUGGCGGACCGGCCGGGCACCUUCACCUACUGCGCGCGCUACGGCCGCAACCGCGCCGCGACCUUCACCGACGCGCAGGGACGCGAGGCCUGGCCGUCCGCCGGCGACCGCGCACGCGCCGACGCCGGACAUCGCGUCCGUGUGCCACGCAGCUAUGCGGGGCCUUCCGCCUGCCGACGAACACCGACGGGCGAGCAAGAACUCGUCUACGUCCGCGGCGGCCGGGACCAUGCGUGCGUUGAGGCGCAACUCAUGGCUGGUAACACUACUAUCUACCUCAAUGACGAAGGCCCGGUCGUGCGGUUCCUCCGGUGGUCCGCCGUCGGAUUGACGGCCGCGGCCUUGUGGGUCUCAGCUGUAUGCGGCGGGAGGUGUGACCCUGUUAUGCGCUGCCGAGGAGACGGCCCAUUAGACGUAAGGUUUAUAGGUCGAGCAAAUCCUCAUGUUUCACGGGCUCCCAGCUUCCCGCCGCCUUGAUUUAGCAUUGUCAAAAGCUUUCCCACUGUAAAUAAAAUUAUGUAGUUUCCACGAUAUUUUUGGUGUUGUCAUUUCAUUAAUUGACGUGUCGAAUUUGUAGAGAAA